UGCUAAUGAAUCUUAAUAACAAACAGUGCGGACUCUAGGCCAGGCAUUGUUCCCAGCUUCACGGUUAAACCUUGCAACCACGCUGGGAGCUGGGCACCGUCCUUCAGAGGUGGAAACCACAGAGAUACUCAGUUUUACCUGACUUAUGCAUGUUGUCAUCUCGUGUACGCCUGGUCCCCACGGCAGUCCGCCUAGUCCAUUCCCUGAUCCGCGGUUCUUCCCGUUCCUUCAUGGAUCUACAGGCUCUCCUUUCCUCCUUGAAUGACUUUGCAUCCCUCUCAUUUGCUGAGAGUUGGGACAAUGUUGGAUUACUGGUGGAACCAAGCCCACCACACACUGUAAACACACUCUUCCUAACCAAUGAUUUGACAGAAGAAGUGAUGGAGGAGGCGCUGCAGAAGAAGGCGGAUCUCAUUCUCUCCUACCAUCCGCCCAUUUUCCGACCUAUGAAGCGCAUCACCUGGAAAACCUGGAAAGAGCGCCUGGUGAUCCGGGCGCUGGAGAACAGAGUCGGGAUCUACUCUCCUCACACGGCCUAUGAUGCUGCUCCCCAGGGAGUCAACAACUGGCUGGCUAAAGGGCUUGGAGUUUGCACCUCCAGGCCCAUCCAUGCUUCCAGAGCUCCUGACUACCCCACAGAGGGAACACACAGAGUAGAAUUCAAUGUUACCCAUACCCAAGACCUGGACAAAGUCAUUUCUGCAGUGAAAGGAAUUGCAGGUGUAUCUGUCACUUCUUUUUCUGCUAGAACUGAUGAUGAAGAGCAAACACGGCUCAGUCUGAAUUGUACUCAGCAAGCUUUGAUGGAGGUGGUGGCUUUUCUUUCCCAGAACAGACAAUAUUAUCAGAAGACUGAAAUUCUGUCACUGGAGAAGCCUCUGCUUCUACAUACUGGGAUGGGACGGUUAUGCACACUGGAUGAGUCGGUCUCCUUGGCAACCAUGAUCGAGCAAAUCAAAAGGCACCUAAAACUGUCUCAUGUUCGCCUUGCUCUUGGAGUAGGGAAGACCUUAGAGUCCCCAGUCAAAGUCGUGGCCGUGUGCGCUGGUUCUGGGAGCAGCGUCCUUCAGGGAACAGAGGCCGACCUCUACCUCACAGGUGAGAUGUCCCAUCAUGAUGUUCUGGAUGCUGCUUCCCAAGGAAUAAAUGUGAUCCUCUGUGAACAUAGCAACACUGAACGAGGCUUUCUUUCUGAUCUUCGAGAUAUGCUGGGUGCUUACUUGGAGAAUAAGAUUAAUAUUAUCGUGUCAGAAAUAGACAGGGACCCUCUUCAUGUGGUAUAAUGCAUGCAGGAACAACCAGAUGACCCAAUCUACAAAUCGAAUGGCUCCCGACUCAAAUGCAUAACAUGAAUCAGUGGGGUAUCCUUCUGAAAGAAUGUCUUAGAAGGUACAUUAUCAUUUCUGGUUUCUUGAUCUGCUUCACCAGAUGUUCUGUAGCUCAGAAGGUAAAAACAAUAACGUAAUUACCAUUAAAGAACAAUUAUAAAGAACAAAUUAAAGAAUAUAUUGUAUAAUACGUAUUCAUUAUAACCUCUAGGAAAGAUGGAGUAAACCUUUUUACUUAACAUUCUUGGGAAAUAUCAAUAGCUCAAGUAAUCAUCUCCUUAGCUUAAUUAUCGAUGGGAUGUGUCAUUCUAUAUCUCUCUGUCCUUAGUUAUUUUAAAAAUACACUUUUCCAAAAAAAAAAUAUAUAUAUACAUAGAAACUUUAAAAACUUGGGAUUAGAACACCUAUAUAUAGGUAGUAGCCUCUGGAGGGUGAUAAGGUCUGUCUAUAUGUUUCUGUUCCUAGAUCACUAAUCUCCCACCUAAAUUUCAGAAUCAGGAUGAGAUUUAUCAUCAGGAUGAGUUUUUUUUGUUUUUGUUUUUGGCCAUGCUGUGCCACAUGCAGGAUCUUAGUUCCCCGACCAGGGAUCAAACCAGUGCCCCCUGCAGUGGAAGCACAGAGUCUUAACCACUGGACCGCCAGGGAAGUCCCUCAGGAUGAGUUUUGCUUUUUGUUUUAAAUAUACAUGAUCAUUAUUCAUGUAAUUAUUGCUUUAUUGCUUUUUAGGUAACUCACCUAUAAUUUUAUUAGUAAUGUAUUCAAUAUAAAGAUGGUUAACUUUCAAAAUAAUGUUAGUGAGUACUUAUACAGUAUUAAUUUUGUGCCAGGCACUCUUCUAGGUGCUGUAUAAACACUUUCAAUCCUUUAUAAACAAGCAUAUAAGUAUUGUUACUCCCAGUUUACAGAUGAGGGAACUGAAACAGAGGUUAAGUAGUUUGCCCAAGGCCACGUAGCUAGGAAGUGAUGGAGUUAGUUAGGACACAAACUCAGGCAGUCUGGCUCCGGAGCCUGUGUGCUUAACUACAGUGUAUCUUAAUCAAAUACAUUGAUGACAGAACUGAUAUGAGAGGUAUGGAAGAAAUCCUGAAGGGAAAAAAAAUCCAUUUUAACUGUGAUUUUCUCUGGGGGGUAUGAUGAGAGGUUUUUUGGUUUUUUUUUUUUAAAUAAAUUUUUUUUUUUUUU